AGCACGCCCAUUCAUCCUCCUCCUCAUCUUAAUUCACUGUUACAAACAACGAAUAACAACAACAACAACAAAACCUCCAACAUUCCUUGCAUCACAAGCAAUCUCCAAUUCGCCUCAUAAACCAAACUAUUCAUCCCCAUUUCCAUCAAUUCAAUCUCACCACCAUGAAUUUCCUCAGCACUUUUCUACUUGUGUGCCUCAUUUCAACAACUCUCUGUGUUCCGAUCAUUGAACUCCCUGAAGAAAGCGUCGAUAAUUCGAUCGAUGAUGAUGUUCAGUUACUACGGUGUUCGGGUUGGAGAGUUGCGGGUGAGGCGAAUAAUUUGAGUCCUUGGAAUAAGAUUCCGGAAAGCUGCGUUGAUUAUGUGCAGGAUUACAUGUUGAGCCGAUCGUAUGAAAUUGAUCUGGAUAUUGUGUGUGAUGAAGCAAUGGAGUUCGCCAAGAGUGUUGUUGUUGGAGAUGAUGGGUUGGAUGUUUGGGUGUUUGAUGUUGAUGAGACUUUGCUUUCCAAUUUGCCCUAUUAUGGCCAGCAUGGUUACGGGUCAGAGCUUUUCGACAACAUUCAGUUCGACAAAUGGGUCCUUGAAGGAGUGGCUCAAGCAAUUAAACCUAGCUUGAAGCUUUAUAAAGAGGUUCAACAGUUAGGGUUCAAGAUCUUUUUGUUAACAGGGCGUACCGAGAACAAAAGGGAGAUCACUAUAAAUAAUUUGAUCAUGGCUGGAUUUGAGAAUUGGGACAGGCUCAUUUUGAGGGGUGAGGAAGACCAUGGAAAAACCGCGGUAGCAUUUAAAUCAGAGAAAAGAAAAGCGAUCAUGGAUGAGGGAUUUCGGAUUAUUGGAAACUCGGGUGAUCAAUGGAGCGACUUAAUCGGUUCACAUGUGUCUAUGAGAUCAUUCAAGCUUUCAAACCCCAUGUAUUUCAUAUCUUGAUUAUUGGAACCAUUCUUAUUAUCAUAACAUUGAGAACUUGAAUUGAGUUUAACAAUUGAUAAAUGUAUGUAUUGUUAUGAACUCAGAAGUUGUGAAAUACUUUGUGAUUUUUAGAAUA